GGGCCCCCGCGGCGUGACGCGAGCACGGCGGCUCCGCCCCCUGCGUCUCAGGCCUCGCUGGCCUUGGGGGGAUGGUUUCAUCAUGGCGUCAAUGCAGAAACGACUACAAAAAGAACUGUUGGCUUUGCAGAAUGACCCACCUCCUGGAAUGACUUUAAAUGAAAAGAGCGUUCAGAAUUCAAUCACCCAGUGGAUCGUAGACAUGGAAGGUGCACCAGGAACCUUAUAUGAAGGGGAAAAAUUUCAACUUCUGUUUAAAUUUAGUAGUCGAUACCCUUUUGACUCUCCUCAGGUCAUGUUUACUGGUGAAAAUAUUCCUGUUCAUCCUCAUGUGUAUAGCAAUGGUCAUAUCUGUUUAUCCAUCCUAACAGAAGACUGGUCCCCGGCGCUCUCAGUGCAAUCGGUCUGUCUCAGCAUUAUCAGCAUGCUUUCCAGCUGCAAAGAAAAGAGACGACCACCAGAUAAUUCCUUUUAUGUGCGAACAUGUAACAAGAAUCCAAAGAAAACAAAAUGGUGGUAUCAUGAUGAUACUUGUUGAUGCCACUGUUCUCAUCCUCGUAGCAGAAGAUAGUCCUACUGAGAAAAUGAGCACUUUGAUCAUUCAGUCUUUGAACUUUAACCUUUGACUGGAAGUGACCUAUAGGCAAUGAAGACUACUUCCUUUUACUGCAUUUUUACUCGUGUGCAUUCUGGGCGCAUGUUGAUCGCUGGUUCAGUCCAGGCAACUGACAUGCUUUUAUUAGUCAUACAGUAUUAAUGCAGGUGUCAGGAAAUGUCAAAUAUAAUUCCAUUUUUUUUUUAUUUUUAUUUUUUUAAGCUUUUGGAAAAGUUCCAGGUCCUCAUGUAUUGUGCAAUAACAGUGACUUCCUCAGUGGUUUGGGGGCGUUCAUUGCCGGCAAUGGACGUUGUGAAAGAGUGAGUUUUCUUAACUCCUGUCACUCGGUGAUUAAUGCAUGAUAGGGCCUCUGAAAUGAAUUUAUCGGUUAUUGUGGGAUUAUAAGGAAAGUGAGGGAUCCAACGUUACAUUGAAAGACACCCCAGCUGUUGAUAUUGGAUUCUAUGCACUGUGAUCCUAAGGCUAACAGCAUGAAAACAUGCAUCUUUAAAGGACCGUGAGAAAGAUCAUUGCAUAUUUAUUUAAUUGUUUAUAUCUGCUGUCAAAUUGUUUUGACAUGGAAAGUUUUCGAGGAACAUUGGCAGAGAGGUACAAUAUGUUAUCCCUAUGGUGAAAAUAAAUUCAUUUAUUGUAUAUAAUCCUCAAUCUCUGAAGUAAAGGUGUGAAUAAUAGGGUAUGAAUGGUUUAACUAAGGCUUUGUUUUGGAAGUAAAAAAAUAGCAGUGAUGAUUAAAUUACUGCCAUCCAUCAUUUGGGCCUGUUAUUAUUUUCCAAGUAUAUGACACUCUUACUUCCUGCUAGCCAUCAGCAUGAGCCCUGUUACCUAAACACUAUUCAUCUAUUUAUGUUUGGAAAAAUCCAUAAACAUUUUUGUUUGUAAUCUUGUUUCUUUUGUUAUGUUUUCAGUUUGUUUUAAUGUUACAAUACUUUAAUUGAAAGAAUUUUGUCAAGUUUUUUCUUGUAACUUUUCUUUACUUGUAUCAUCUUGUCCUUCAAUACUGUACCCUAAAAUGAGAAAUACAUUUUUGACAGAGGCUUAAUGUUUUAACAAAAGAGUGUGGACAUUUUUAUUUUAAGAUUUUGGCAAAAGGACACUAUAAAAAUGCUCUGUUUGCUUAUUGUCUCACAUAUCCAUUGUGCAGAGUUUCUUGGAAGAAUUUGUUUUACUUGUUGAAGAUUUUGCUUACAGGUAGAUGAAGUUUUUCUGUCUGUUUGUCUAUUCCCCCCCCCGCAAUCUCAGUCGAUAUCUCUCCCUCCCCCCCACUCUCUCUCUCUCUGAUCUAUGAAACAGUUGCUGAGAAGGUCCCAUCCUAAGUACCAUGUACCAUGAAGUGAUGCUACAACUAGGUCUUUUUAAGAAGUGAUUAAUGUAUUUUAUAAAUUACCUUUUCACAUAUGCAAGACCUGUUUCUAUGACAAUGUUAUUUUUACUAAUGCCUUACUGUUGCACUCUUUUUCAAUAUCCUGCAAUGAAUAUAUUAACCAGUUUGGGCUUAAAUAAGCCAGUUGGCUGAAAGGUCUGACAGUAUGUAACCCCAUAGAAAUCAUUCAAUUGAUAAUCGGUAAAGAAUAUUUUAAAAAUUGUUUUUAAUCUCUGUGUAGAUGACAUUUUGUAGCUUUGUACAUGUUGUUAAUUAAGGGCAUAUAAUUUUACAUUCUAAAAGUAUAACUGCUGAACUCAGGGGUGGGUAGACUUCAAAAAUAUGUCUGCUGUAGAAAUAACUUGAAAAAAAUUAAAACCAUGGCCAGCCACCAAAUUGUGGACACUGUUUAUACUACUAGGGAGCAGUCAUCAUUGUUUUUAAAGACUAUACACAUUUUCUUCUGUCUUGACUGCAUGUAUGUAAGUUCCCACAGUGAUCAUUAUCAGUUUUAUUAGUUGGCCUACUUAACAUGAAAGAAAUUUUUACGUUCUUAGUUUUCCUCUGUUUUCAAUAUGAAAUUACAGCUGUAACUCUUAAAAUACUAAUUAACUCUUUUUGUCAGGGGACUGGGGCACAGGGAGAAAUGCUUACCUAUUCUAACUGAAAUCCUUGCCUGUGACAUUAUUCACCAAAGGAAUUACUAUACCAGGUCAAGCAUUAAGUGCUGUAGUGUAGAUGAGUAGCUUCAGCUGGGUUUUGUAACAGUGCUUUAAUAUACCUCUCUAUGUACAGACAUAGGAUAGACUCAAAUGAAUGGGAGCAUGAAAAAUCAAACAGUUUUAUUUCACUUUUGGCUCCAAGUGAAGAAAUUAAGAACAUAUCUAAAAUAUAGGAGUAUCGACUAUUAAUAAUUCAUAAUCAGAUUAAUAUUACUCCUUUGAAUUUAGGAGUCACUGAAAAUUCUUUUACACUGGCAUUUAAUUAUUUGCCAUUAUUAAAAGUCAUAAGAUGUGUAUCUGGGUCAUUGUUCAGUUGAGGGAGUUAUGGCUUUUAACAAAACAUAUUUUGCUGUAUGUUACUGAAAGAAAACCAGAAGUACAAGUAAUUUAUAUGAAAUAUGCUGUGUUCACUCCCUCCUUCCUGCAUCCCCAGGAAGUACCAGCCUGCAGCAUUACAUUUUUACACACAGGGGCUGUGACUGUCUCCUCUUCUCUCGUUCUCACAUUGAUUUCAGUCUGCUCUCUGUUUUGCCUAAGUUUGUUAAGAUGACACCCAGGCAGUCCCUUGUUUUUGCAGUUACAAACUAACUUGACUUCCAGAUACAGACAGAUGCUAUGGAUAGGUUUUAUGGAGAGAGGUUAGUUUAGUUUUAUGGGUGUUCUCUUAGGGAGUUUAUAUUUACUUCUAAAGCCAGUGGGGAAGUAAGCUUUCUUUGUGGUCCUGGGAGAGCAGGCUGUCAGCUUCUAUGCAUCAGCAGUUCAGCUGGGAAAGACUCCACUCUGUUGCUGUGCAGACAGGUCACCAAGUGACCGGGGCGGCUCCUUCCCUACGCUGGAUGAUAAUUUCUGAGACCCUAAGCCAGGGAUCUGGAGAUUGGUUCCAUCGACGGUGAACUGACAGUAAAGGAAAUGCUCAGUGGGAUAAAAAUGGUGGGUAAAUGUGUUAUUUCAGGUAAUGAAGUCUUUUAUUAAAGCCUGUGGAUUUUGAGAAUUGCAAUAUUUAAAACUUCUGGAAGUAGAGUAAAGAGGGGUACUAUGUAUUCAAAGGUUUUUGGGUUUUUUUUUUUUUUAAUUAAAAAAAAAGUGUG